CAGAACUAGGGGAGGAGAAGGCAAAUCAAUGCUUUCCCGUCCUCAGCUGGUUCGCAUCGAUCGACAGUGGUGUGACGGCCCACCAAGCUCAACAACCCGCGCGGGCAUUUCCCCAAAGCCCGCCCACCUUAACUUACUUCAUUCCUCCUGAUUUUAGUCUUUAAAAAGCAUCAACUGCACUAAACCUCACUGUCACGAUCUUCUUGUUGGAUUCUCGCGACUUACUCGACGUCUUCAGUCAUGCAACAGGGCCAACGAUGUCUCGUCCUCGCCGUCGAUCUCGGCACAAGCGCCACGACAGCGCAGUGGGCAUUAGCUGUCGAUUCCUUCAACCAGCAGGGAGUGUUGCAAAGGAAAUGCUUUGGGAGGCCAGUUGAGAUGAGAGCAUGGCGCGGCGCUCGCAAGGGUGAUGCUAUCGGAAAUAUUUGUCUUCCAACAGACUUGGUGUACGACAGAACUUCCAGGGAGCUUCUCUGUAUGGGGUUUCAGGCUCAACAGUAUCUGGACGAUCCAUCACCAGAAAUCGCUCGCGAAAAUGUGUUUGUCGUCGAACACAUCAAGCUCUUGCUCAACAACCCCGACGAUGCAAAAGUCUCCCCCGAUACUGCAGCAAGGUAUCGCAAUAUGCGCGACGAACUAGCUCGGACGUUGCAGAAGGACCCUUACGAGGUCUUCGAGGACUUUUUGGACGCGGUAAUUGAAGAAAUCAUCGGCGCAGCGAAGAUAUCGAUCCCAUUUCCCUUGGAGACCUCGAAGCUUGAGCUAGCACUUGCCUUUCCCUCGGGAUGGCCGGAGCUUGUCCACAGAAAAGUUGCCGCCAUCGGUGCCAGAGGAGUUCGGAAGGCUCUUGAAAUACACAAUCUCCAGAGGAUGACCUUCGGAAUACAAAAUGUCUACACAUUGUCGGAGACCCUCUGUGGGGUCAAGGAGUGGCUCACCGCCACCAUCGAAGAGGCCUCUAUAUCACUUGAUCUUGGUCCGCAGACCUCAAACUUAGAUGAGCUCAAUGAGGGUGACUUUUUUCUGCCCGUUGAUAUCGGCGGUGGUACGGGAUGCUUGACACCCCUGAGGCUUGUUAGCAAAAACCCUCUCAGGGUAGAUCAGCUUGGGCCAACUCAAUCUCUUGAGGUGUCGGGUGAAGCAGUCGAAGCGGAAUUUGAGAGACGCCUCAGACAAAUAGUAUCUCCCAGGGACUACAACGGCGAUCUUGAACGACUUAUUUACCAGGUCUGUCGCGAGUUCAAGGAGGAGAAAAAGAAUUGCGGUCAGCCGCCAAGGCCUGGCUCACCCAGCUGGAACAUACAUACGCCGCGACUUCGCGCGAAUCCGAGAAAGGGCUUCGAGAAAGAUUGCAUGAAACUCAGCCGAGUAAUACUGGAGAAGUGUUUUGAUCCGGCUCUCGACAGACUUGAUCUCGCCAUCGAACAAGUGCUGGCCGAGUAUCCCGCCAUCAAGGCGAUAGUUUUCCUGGGACAGUUUGGCGGUAGCUCUGAUUAUCUUAGAAAACGCAUGGCGAGAAGUCCGAUCACCAAUUCGGUGAAGCUGCGACACAGUCAGUCCGGGAAACUCGACGUGGUUAAAGGGGCCAUGUCCGACCGACUGAAGCUCACAGAGAAGUUCGUCCGGAAGUCGGAGACAGUGAAAAGCUAUGGAACACUGAUCAGUUUUCCCUAUUACCCUGAUUCCGAAGGGCAGCGGCUGUUCCCCAACGCCAUGCAGGAAGGGGCUGUGCCACUGGAGCAACAGUAUGAUACCGACACGCUCAAGGUUGUGGAAUGGGCGAUCUCAAAGGGAACAACUUUGGAAGAAAAUCUCAUGGACAUCGGAAAGGACGGGCGCAGAUGAAAUCCCUCCCCCUCCGCGAGAUGAUGGAAGGUCUUACACGUUGUGGACCAAAGCUCACGAGGACAAUAACCUUGUCCUCAAUGGAAAACGGUUGCAAGUUCACCAGAUCCCAUUUGCUUGGGAUCUUGCGAUGUCAACAAAACUUGACGCGCACUCAAACGUCAUAGGGUGCUAUGAAACAGAUGACUUAACAACGUUGA